GCAAAGAGCAGAUGGUGCGUGCACGGAUUUGCAGAUCCUGACACUGAGAAUCUAGUGACAUAUUCUCCGACACCUCAGUCUGAGGCCAUGAUGCUCUUCGGACUCGUGCUCUUAGGCCAUGGCAUGGACCAGAGCAUCGUGGACUGCAAGAACGCCUUCAGUCAGUCGAGACGACUCCGCAGGGCUGGUGGACCCAUCUACGUGGCUCCCUGCGAGGGGCUCACUGGCAUUCAUGUUCCCGACGGGUGCCUGAUUGAGCUACACGUCGCCGUCUAUGGUCUAGACGACGCCCCUUGGGAAUGGCACGCCACGAUCACCUCCUACCUUCGCGACCUCGGCUUCAAGAAGCUGCUGAUGGAACCCUGCUACUGGACACUCCGGGAGCAGGGCGCCCAGAAGGGUCAGGUCCUGAUAGAGGUGGACGAUCUCUGGCUGGGAACAGUUGCCUCUCACACGAAGUGGUUGGCCGACUCUCUGAAGGCCAGGUUCACUUUCGGCAAGUGGCGAGGUGACGAGGCAGAGUUUGCAGGACGCCGCAUCAGAAAGGAGGCUCACCGCAUUCGCCUGGACCAGGAGAAGUACAUAUUGGAGGAGAUUCAUCCGAUUGUCUUGGAGAAGGGCCGCCGCUCCAAGAGACACGAGUCUCUGAGCCGCUCCGAGUUCGAGCAGCUCCGAUCCGGCAUCUACCGGAUCAACUGGGCGGCGAAGGAGACCCGUCCUGAAGUGGCGGGCACGGCCUCCAUACUCGCCAGCAAGCUGGAGCAGAUGCUGCGCGACACCGCCUCGCAGUACCUGACCAUCUGGCGCCGCGACCUGUCGCAGGUGGUGAGCUUCACCUUGAGCGACGCGGCGGGGAUCGGCACGGACUCGCCCAUGCAAUGUGCUUGGGCUGUAGGAGUGGCUGACCCUCAGCUGGCCGCCGGACUGACCAGCAAG